AUGCUCCACGACAAGCACUCUCUUAACCACCGGGUCUCGGCGGACGGUAACGGCGAGCCACUCGGCCGCCGCACCUCGGCGCUUAAAGAAGCCCCGACUUUCGUUCCACCAGCUAGUUACCCAAGCAUGCCCGUCACUCGCCGCCGAAGCACAGUCUCUCAAACCUCGCGCGUAACAUUGGAGCACGACCAGUCAGAGGACCUCGAUGAGCUUGUACGAAGCGCAUCGGCCAUCAGCCGGCACAGGUCAAGGGAUAGGCGCGAGUCCAAAGACAGCGUCUUUGAGUUGCCCGCUUUCCCCAAAGCCGCGAAGCCCGGCCCCGUGAGCACUAUUCGCGAAGUACCUUCCCAGUUCACUACCCCUCAAUCAACACGGCCGCCGUCCCCGGUCUCCGGCGUGAGCUCGGGCCCGCCCUCACCCGGAGGUAGGUCCGGCACCCAGACGCCCGCUAAGUACGAGAUCGGCGCGGGCCAAGCCUACCCGGACGUGGGCACCGUCGCAUCGUUCCGAGGAGCCAUCGUGCUGCUCUGCACCUAUGGCGCUCAGCUCAUGGACAACAUCUUCAUAACGGCCGUAAAUAUUGCCCUCCCUGCCAUCCAGAAGGACUUCAAGGUCAAGAAUGCAGAGCUGCAGUGGCUAAUCUCGGCAUACACCUUAACCUUUAGUAGCUUUCUUCUUCUCGCCGGCGUCUUUGCGGACCGCUUUGGUCGCAAGAUGAUCUUCUGCGCUAGCAUAGCGACGCUGAGUGUAUGGACGAUCGCCAAUAGUUUCGCGACCUCGUUCAUUCAGCUAGCUAUCUUCCGAGCUUUGCAAGGCAUCGGCGCUGCUAUGACUAUGCCUUCGGCCGUCGGCAUCAUCAGCAACUACUUCAUCGCCAAAGACCGCACGCUUGCACUAACAAUCUUUAGUGCUACGGGUGCCGGUCUUCUCCCCAAGGACAGACUUGAGGGCACCGCGAAGCCCAAACUCGAUUUUGUUAGCGCUAGCCUGUCGACUGCUAGCCUCAUCCUGCUCAGCUUCGUGCUUUCGAGUGGCGUCGUCAGUAUCGCCAUAAUUGUUACCUUCACCUACGUUAAGAAGAAGAAGCUCGAGAACUUUGCUGCUCUUUGGAUCGGUGGCUUCGUUUCAUAUGGAGGAUAUCAGACCACGAUCUACUACACCACUCUCAUCGCCCAAGAGGUCAACCAACUCAGCGCAGGUCAGACCGCCCUCCGGUUCCUCCCCAUGGGCGCAACCGGCUUCAUCUUCAGCCUCUCCAUGUCCCGCAUGCUCGAGAUCUUCAACACUAAGCUCCUCCUUGUAAUCGGCAUGGCCAUCUGCGCUAUCGCGCCUAUCCCUUCCGCGCUCAUGCGACAAGACGACCUUAACUUUUGGAAGCACGUCUUUCCGACCACCGUCAUGGGUGUGGCGGGCGUAACUAUCGUCUACUACACUAUCACCGUCGUGCUGCUAGCUUCGGUGCCGGUCAACGUCAAGAGCCUUUGCGGCGGCAUAAUCAACACGGCUUUCCAGAUUAGCGGCGGCGUCAGUCUCGCUUUAGCAGGUGCUGUUGUCCAGGCUGUUGACACUGGCAAGGGACAUAGUGACCUGCGGCAGUACAACACUGGUUUACUAUGCUGCUAUAGUCUCGCUAGCAUCGGCAUGAUUGCUAGCGCGUUUGGAGUAAAGAACAUUAGCAAGGCGGUAGGCGGGCCUGCCCCACUCGGCAUCCGUUUUCUUUCCGAAAGUGCUCGGAGCUUACGGAUAUGGCAGAACACCGCAUCCCCGUUCGGAAUUCCUUCAAUCAUAACAACCCUUACUCCCUACCAUAUCAUCUCUUACGGGACACUACUCGGCACGUCACUGUUUCAGACGUUUAUCAACACCAAAAUCUGCUAUCUCGAACUUCCCAAGUCCGCAUUCACUACAUUACAGAAGCGCCUGUUUCCAAUAUACUUCCGAUACCAGGCACUUCUCCUUGUCUUAACGGUCCUCACGUUCUCCCCUCAUAGCCCAACAUCCUUGUUCAAGGUAAAGAGCAACUAG